AGUGCAAAUCACAUUUGUGAAAAAUAUGACAUUGCGUCAAAAUGAACAACUUGAAAAAAUAAGCUCUUGGUUUCUUGAAGAUCUUAAGCUUGUGGAUGGAAAAGAAGCACAUCAAGAUAAUCCACACUUCGAUUUGCACUUUGAUAAAGUUUAUGGUUGGGAAAGUUCCAGCACAGCUUCCAAGUAUACAUUUGUCCGAUGUUUGCAAGAGCUUAAUCAUCACUACCUGAGGAAGAAGAUCACAUUUGUAAAUUUUGAUGCUGAUUAUCUAAUUGACACCAGUUCGUGUAUGAAUAGAGGGGAUUGCAUGCUUGCUCUGAAUAUGUUUGUGUUAUAUAUUUCUAACUGUCUGUGUUUAUCUGCAUGCAAAUAAGAUUAGCGCACAGUGUUCAAGAUAUCCUGUGUGUCUCAUGCCAUGAACUGUUUAUUGGCUGAACAUUAGAAAACACAGAAGCAAACUUUAGUUCCGAGAAUGAACUA